AGUGUCAAUGAUAAGGUUUGAUUGCACAGAGAGAGGAGGAGGAGGAGGAGGUCCAGUGCUUGUGUGGCAGCUGUUGAGUUAUUUGCAAACGAGUCAAGAGUGAAUUCCACAACUGUCUUUUCAUUAAUUUUGUGUGCUGCAGAUAACAAACAAAAAAAAGGGAAGAGAAAUGCAUUGAAAAGCCACGAGAUGCAGCGGUGAGGUGAAUGCACAAAUGUGACUGACUGAAAACAGAGUGACCCUGUGCAGAGAGAGAGAGAGAGAGAGAGAGAGAGAGAGAGAGAGAGAGAGAGAGUGAGAGUGAGAGAGAGUGGGAGGGAGGAAGUACUACACUUCAUGACUUCUCAUGAAGCACGUCAGACGUUACUUAUGAGAGGAGGCAGAGGACCUUUGCUGCCACCACCAGUGAGGAACGAGGUAGAGGUGACCAGGAGGAGAAGUCUGGGGUGUUUACAUGCAAGUGGGGUGAAGAGAGAGCAAGAGAGAGAGAGAGAGCCCCUUCUCUCUGUGGGGUCAGCCGAUGAGAGAAGAUGAAGAACCAAAUCACCAACGCCCUCUCUGACUUCUUCUUUGAGUAUGAGACCCCACGCCAGGUGCUGGUGAGGAACAGGAGGGUGGGAGUGGUGUGCCGCAUCAUCCAGCUGGGGGUCCUGGCUUACAUCAUCGGGUGGGUGUUCAUCUACGAGAAAGGCUACCAAUCUACAGACAUAGCAGUAAGCUCCGUCUUCACUAAAAUGAAAGGAGUGGGCUAUACCAACAUAAACGGAAGUGAGAGAGUCUGGGAUGUGGCCGACUACGUCUUCCCUCCGCAGGGAGACGCAUCUUUUGUGGUGAUGACAAACUAUAUCAUAACUGAAGGUCAGAUGAUGGGAAAGUGUCCCGAGCUCCAAGGCAAGCACAACUGCAGCUCAAACGCUGACUGUGAAGGAGGGAGUUUCAAACGUACGGGACAUGGGCAAAUGACGGGAGUCUGCCUGAAUACAACGAAGACCUGCGAGGUGUUGGCUUGGUGCCCUGUUGAGGACGACCACAACAUACCAGAUCCUCCUAUGUUGAUGUCUGCAGAGAACUACACACUAUUCAUCAAAAACUCUGUAACUUUCCCCUUAUUUGACGUCUCAAGGAGUAACCUGGUGGAGGGUAUUGAUGCUGGAUACAUCAGCAAAUGCCUUCAUAAUCCAGUGACUGCUCCACUGUGUCCCAUAUUCAGACUGGGAGACAUAGUUAACAUGUCUGGGUUCAACUUCGAAACAAUAGCCAGAGUGGGAGGGGCCAUUGGUAUUGUGGUUGACUGGACGUGUAACUUCGAUGUGGAUGUAAAACACUGUCGACCAAAGUACAACUUCCACGGUCUGUACGGAAACCCUGCCGAGACAGACAAAGCCAGAGCUUCAGUGGGCUACAAUUUCAGGUACGCAAAGCAUUAUUUGGAGGACAAAGUUCAGAAGAGAACCCUCCUCAAAGUGUUUGGGAUCAGGCUCGAUAUCAUCGUGCAGUCACUGGCAAGAAAGUUCGAUAUCAUCCCAACACUAACUGCUAUAGGCUCUGGAGUGGGCAUCUUUGGGGUGGCAACUGUAGUAUGCGACUUGGUGCUGCUCUAUUUGCUACCAAAAAGGGAAUUUUACCACAACAUGAAAUUCAAACACACAGACACACAUACACAGCAUGACAGCGAGUCGCUUGGUUUAGAAACAAGCGACUAUUACAUCCUUGAAGCAAAUGCAAGACAAGUCCAAGACACUGGGCAGUGCAACGACCCCGAUUCAGAGGCAUGUAGCACAGAGACGGAUGUAUCCAAAAAGUGACCUGGGAGCAAUCUUUGAAGGUGGUACUUUGGAGGACUACUGAACUGGGACCCUGCAAUAGACCCUUCACUCUAAAUGGACUUGGGAUUGGAAAGGACGCAGACUAAAGACAUUGCAUCACGUGUCCUCUAUUUCUUCAGCAACAUCUUCUACCAACAUCUUCCCCCUCUUGCAGCCACCCCUGAGUGACUGUGACUUUCGCCGUUGUAUGUAUAGAGCUUUAGCGUAGCUCAGCUGUUAUGUGUACUUUUUUGGGUGUAGCUUGGUUUUGCCUUUGUUCGCACUUUGGGUGUAACUUCCACCUCUUCCAUAUCCGUGCAGGUUAAAAGAACACUUCAGUGCUUCUGUGUGUACACAAAUCAUCCAUAAGUCAUCCGUUACCUCUGUUGCUGUCUUUGUCAAAGAAAGAUAUAGACACGCACACAUCAUGUGGAUGUGCCAAUGUCGGAGUGAUUCAUCCCCUCUUGUGCACCUUGUGAUCAACAAUAGAAAUGAAUAAAAGAUGUACAGCA